AGGCAAAAAACUUGUGGAAAUGAUACAGUCACGGAAACCUGACGAAUGGGCCCCUGAAGAAGAUGACAUAACCUCAUUAUCGAAUGUAUAUGACGGGCAGUUGCAAUGUGAUGAGGAGACCGAGAUUCUUAUGGAAUUAGAGGCAGUACCAGAAUCUUUGGACGGUGGCAUACCAAGUGAUGUAAAAGUGAUUGCAGUAGCAGUAGAUAAGAAUGAUGAACCGAUGCUAUUCGCUGAAAACGUAGGAGAUGAAAUUAUUCCAGUUGUUGACAAAGAAUACGAAAAAAAUGAUACUUUGGAAAGUUGUAGUAGUGAUAGUAAGCACCCUAUUGCCAAUACUGUCCUAACAGAGUAUCAUUCAGACUUGAAUUACCAAACCGAAACAUGUAGUAGUUCCAAUGAAUCUGUAUCUUCUGCAGCUACUAUUGAAAAAAAAGGAAGAAAACGUUCCAGAAACUGUAAAAAAUGGAAGAACAACAUCAGAAAAACAAAGAAAGCAGCAGGCGAGGAAUAUGUGUCAGCAAAACAGAAAUUUUGGAGCAGUGAGCUACUUGUGGACCAGAAAAGGCAAUUUAUUGCUGGUUGCAUAGAAGAAGUUCCAGUGCAACGUGUUCGUACUAGAACUGGGUCACGUGCUGGUGAACGCAAAUAUUCAUUGAGAUAUUUUUUCACGGUGAACGGCAAAAAGAUUAGUGUCUGUCGUACUUUCUUUAUCAACACUCUAAGCAUCUCUCAAACUUCAAUCCGCUUUGCAUUAACAAAAAGACUGAGCAGCGGCGUUGUGAUACCUGACCAAAGGGGCAAACACGAACCACCAAACAAAAUUGGUCCUGAAGUGAGGAACAUCAUAAGAGAACACAUUCAGAAGUUCCCAUGUGUAGACUCUCAUUACUCACGGAAUAAAAGCCAGAGGCGCUACUUGGGAAGUCAUCUCAGUAUCUCCAAAAUGUAUCAAUGCUUUUAUGAAGAAUGUAUAGAAAAGAAAUUGAGUCAAGCAGAAAUCCCGAAACAGUGGUUAUACGCAGAUAUAUUUAACACCGAGUUCAAUCUGUCAUUCAAAGAACCGGACAAUGACACCUGCGAUACAUGCGAUGAAUUUCUUAUCAAGUUGAAAGAUGCUGGAUCAGUGGAAGAGCGAAAUGAAUUACAAAAGAAGUAUGAAGCUCAUCUUCUGGAUGCUGAUAACCGUUACACGUAUAAACGAAAAGACAAAGAGGGAGCUAGAGCUCAACCAGGUAUAAAAAUGAUAACUGUUGAUUUACAAAAAUGUCUUGCUACACCUUUGCUAAAAAAUUGUCAAAGUUUCUACUCCCUCAAAUUAUGGACGUUUAAUUACACUAUUUAUGAUGCAACACACAAAUCUGCAGAUUGCUUUGUUUGGGAUGAGUCAGUGGCCGGUCGUGGAGGUAAUGAGAUGGCUUCAUGCAUGAUGAGAUAUAUCUUAGAUCUUCCUAAUUCGAUUGAAAGGAUUAUAAUUUGGAGCGACAAUUGUCCUUCUCAAAAUAGAAACCAGCAGAUGAUCAUGUGUUAUUCUUACCUACUUAUGAUGAAGCCUUCUUUGAAAUGCAUUGAGCAUAAGUUUCUUUUGCGCGGACAUACCCAUAUGGAGGCAGAUACAGUACAUGCAAGAAUUGAAAAACAAAUCAAGUCACUACCUCAGUUCCAAAUAUGUACACCGUGGGAUUGGCAGCAGCUAAUCAGGUUGUGUGGUCCUAAUAUAGCCGUAAAAGAAAUGGAAACAGAUAACCUCAAAAAUUUCAAUGAUCUACAAGGAUGUAUUUUUCAGUCAAAGAAAAAAACAGUGACAAACCAAACAUUUUUUGUAUCAAAAGUGGUGCACAUGAAAUUUUUGGCGGAAACACCUGGAGUAAUGCAUUUCAAAACAAAAUUCUGUCAAGAAAAUUUCGAACAGAUCGACUACCAUAGAGUUAAUCGCAGAUCAACACGACAAUUGAAUAAUCCCAGUACAUCCAGUUUGCCCACGCUGCUGCCCAUAAGAAAUGAUCCAAAACCAAUUUCCACAAAAAAAUACACUGAUUUGCAAAAACUAUUGAAAUGGGUGCCGCAGCGCUUCCAUGAUAGAGACAUAAAAGAGAAACUGUACGACCUCAGCCAAAAACACAUCACAGUAGAUUUUUUUGGACCCACGCAUGCUGAAAUUGGUGGCUGCCGUAUCCUGUACUAUGGGACAAUCACCGCAUACCCACACCAAGAACCACAUCAAGAAUUACAUCUGAGCACUAUGGUAAAAUCGAUGGAACCAGGAGACGGCAGCAAAAUAAAACCAGAUGUCAGGACCGUACUUGCGCCCCCACACAACAGAAGGAAACAGAUGACGCAAAAAGAGACGCCAGCAAAGGAGAUUCUGGGUACAUCCAAUUAUAAAAGUUCGCUACUUAUUACUUAUUACACUCUUUUUGAAAAGCUAGCUAAUGAUCCUGAUAAAUUUUUUAAUUACUUUCGAAUGAGCCAUGAAACAUUUAACUAUGUGCUGAAUAAGUUAAUUGAUGGAAUCAAAAAACCAGAUACGCGAUUUAGAAUGGCUAUACCGCCUGAAGAAAUGCUAGCUGUAACAAUAAGAUAUUUAGCCUCAGGAUGUACGUUGACCGAAUUACAUUAUACCUAUCGAAUUGGGAUAUCAACGUUAAGUCAGAUCAUAAAUUUAACAUGUCGCCAAAUAUGGGACAUAUUCAGGUCAUCAUUCCUUAAAGAAAUGACGAAAGAAGAUUGGACACUGGUCGCCAAUAAAUUCGAGAAAACAGCGCAUUUUCUUAUGUGUCUCGGGGCCAUUAAUGGGAAACAUAUUCGGAUAGAAAAUUUCCCUAAUGCGGGAGCAAUGAAUUUCAAUUAUAAGAAGUUCUACUCAAUAGUUCUGUUGGCAAUAGCCGAUGCAGACCACAAGUUCUUGUUCGUCGACAUUGGAGCAUACGGAAAGGACUGCGAUUCAUCUAUUCUACAAGGCACUGAAUUUUGGAGAAGGCUAAUAAGUUCAGAACUGGAUCUUCCAGAUGCGAGGCCAACUACACCUACAAUGGGCUUAAAGGUGCCUUAUGUUUUUAUUGCCGAUAGCGCAUUUUCCAUGAAUGAGCACAUCCUAAAGGAUUUUUCCAACCAUAAUUUAAGCAUCAAACAACGUGUCUUCAAUUACAGAUUACAUAGAGCUCGGCGAUAUGUCGAAUGUGCAUUCGGAAUACUAACCAACAAAUGGCGUAUAUUUCACAGAGCACUAAAUGUGGCCAAAACUUUCUCCAAAAACAUUGUCAAAGCAUGUGUAGUAUUACAUAACAUAGCACGUGUAAGAGAUGGAUAUCGUACGGACGAUUUAAUUGUGACUUCCGGUUCCCAAUUGAAAAAUAUACCUAAUACCAAACAAGAGCCAAAACAGUCUACUAAUAAGACAGGACAAGAAUUCGUCAUGGAUAGAAGAGAACAAAUUGAGAACUGGUUGGUUGAGGCUUCUGAUGAAGAACAAGUUGGAGGGUCAAAUUCUGAGUCGGAGUUAGACGAGAUAACACAAAGCGAUAUAAUAGUGCUAGUGAAAUCGACGAAUUGUCCGCACACUCCAGUGAGUCUUCAGACAACGAGGACGACGGCUGUGCAGGGCAAUCAAAUGGUUUUAAGAAAAAUAAGCAGCUGUCUUCAAAUGUCUUGCACUGUCUCCGCUGGUCCAUCAUGCACACUACCUAAAGAUUCGCAAGGAGAUACGCAAGAGAUAGAUGAUGUCACUGAAAUUGAAGGGAUUUCAGAAAUAGAAGGUCAAAAUUCUGCUACGGAUCAACAAACACCAACCGUAUUAAACAACAGUAGCUAUACAAAAAGAAAGAGGGGUGCUGGGAUUGACUAUGAAUUGCAAAAACCAGAAAAGAAGAAGAUUCGAAUCAUCGAAACACAACUAGCUCAAUCACAGAAUAUCCCAAACCAGAAGAUGAUUUAUAUUACUUUUUAG